CAUCACCGUGCGACGUCACUAGAAUCAAGCGCCACAUUUUCCUUCGUCAAUUUCCUUUCCUCCCGGUUUGAACGUUUGUUGUUAAAGAUCAGAUUUCAGGACAUUGACCAAAACUGAUGCACCAUGAGCAUAUUUGGUACAAACUCUGGGUUUGGGACCGGUGGGACAGGUGUGUUUGGAAGCACAACAACUGACAGCCAUAAUCCCAUGAAGGACGUCGAAGUGACAUCACCACCAGAUGACAGCAUUAGCUGCCUAGCUUUCAGCCCCCCCACGAUGCCUGGUAACUUCCUGAUCGGGGGAUCCUGGGCCAAUGAUGUUCGGUGCUGGGAGGUGCAGGACAAUGGACAAACCGUCCCCAAAGCCCAACAGAUGCACACUGGUCCUGUGCUGGAUGUCUGCUGGAGUGAUGAUGGGAGUAAGGUUUUCACAGCGUCUUGUGACAAGACUGCCAAGAUGUGGGAUCUCAACAGUAACCAAGCAAUGCAGAUCGCACAGCAUGACGGCCCAAUCAAAGCCAUCCAUUGGAUAAAAGCUCCCAACUACAGCUGCGUUAUGACCGGCAGCUGGGACAAAACACUGAAGUUCUGGGACACCCGUUCUCCCAAUCCCAUGAUGUCUCUGCAGAUGCCAGAGAGAUGCUACUGUGCAGAUGUUGUCUAUCCCAUGGCAGUGGUGGCCACCGCAGAGAGGGGUCUGAUUGUGUACCAGCUGGAAAACCAGCCAUCUGAAUUUCGCCGAAUAGACUCUCCUCUGAAGCACCAGCACCGCUGUGUUGCCAUUUUUAAAGACAAGCAGAACAAGCCGACAGGCUUCGCUUUGGGAAGCAUCGAGGGGCGAGUGGCUAUUCACUAUAUCAACCCUCCCAACCCAGCCAAAGACAAUUUCACCUUCAAGUGCCACAGGUCUAAUGGAACCAACACCACCACUCCACAGGACAUCUAUGCCGUCAACGCAAUCUCCUUCCAUCCGGUCCAUGGCACUCUGUCCACUGUGGGUUCGGACGGACGCUUCAGCUUCUGGGACAAGGACGCCCGCACCAAGUUGAAGACCUCCGAGCAGCUGGACCAGCCGAUCACGGCUUGCUGCUUCAACCACAAUGGCAACAUCUUCGCGUACGCUUCCAGUUAUGAUUGGUCAAAGGGCCAUGAGUACUACAACCCCCAGAAAAAGAACUACAUCUUCCUGAGGAAUGCUGCAGAGGAGUUGAAGCCCCGAAACAAGAAAUGAUUCAUCGUGCCGAGUCACAUCUCUCGUGAGGAAGACCUGCUGCUUUAGUCUGUGUAUGCGCUUGAGGCGGACCCCUACCUUUUGGCAAACACCUGGACCAAUGAUAUGGUGCAGCGUUCAGUGCAUGGACCAAUCAGAAAGGCAGACUCAACCUGGCACUCAUGGAAGCUGGGUCACAGUCGUUCAUACUAUUCAUUGUAGGAGGUGAUGUGUUCAGCUUUCUUUUUUAAUUUUGCAGUUACUCUGUGGUUUAGCUUUAUAAAUGUACUUGGAUGUAAAAUAAAUAACGAAGCACA